UGUCCCUAGCGUUCGGCUAGAUAGCUGUAGUUAAAAAAAAAACGGCUAAAUGUUUACUAGCUAGUCCUGUAAAAUACAAUUGAAAAGAUGGCGACGGCAAUAUACCUGGAACAUUACCUUGACAGUAUUGAGAAUCUGCCCUGUGAACUACAGAGGAACUUUUCACUGAUGCGGGACCUGGACAAUAGAACUGAAGAGAAAAAAGGAGAGAUCGACAAGCUGGCGGAGGAGUACAUCUCAAGUGUAAGGAACUUGGCUUCGGAACAGAGGGUUGAGCACCUGCAGAAGAUCCAGUGUGCUUACAGCAAGUGCAAAGAGUUCAGCGAUGACAAAGUGCAGCUUGCCAUGCAGACAUAUGAAAUGGUGGACAAGCAUAUCCGCAGGCUGGAUGCAGACCUGGCUCGAUUUGAGAAUGAGCUGAAGGAGAAGUUGGAAGUGAGCAGCUAUGACAGUCCAGAAGGAAGAGGGUUAAAGAAGGGUGAAGGUCGGGGACUGAGGGAGAAGCGUGGACCCAAGGGGAGAGGCAGGAAAUCAUCAGAUGAGGAUUCUCCCAGGAAGAAAAAGCUUAAAAACAGCCCAGAAUUGAGUGACGCUCUCCUGCCAAUGCAACCGUCAGAUGUUUUGGACAUGCCAGUUGAUCCAAAUGAGCCAACAUACUGCUUGUGCCAUCAAGUGUCGUAUGGAGAGAUGAUUGGAUGUGAUAACCCUGAUUGCCCAAUUGAGUGGUUUCACUUUGCUUGUGUUGAUCUUGCUACAAAGCCAAAAGGAAAAUGGUUUUGUCCAAGAUGCACCCAGGAUAAGAAGAAAAAAUGAUAUUUCUUAAAAGUAUUUUUCUCUAAAUGUGUUCUUUGUCUAUGUAGUAAAAUAGUGUAAUAUAUUUACAAAUAUUUCUCUUUCUUUUAUGGCUGUGCAUAAAUAUGAUGGUCUAAAUACAAAGCUUUUAUUCAAAGUACUUGAAAUAUGUAAAAGUUUUAGUAUUUGACAAACAAAUUCAACUGCUGUUGUAAUUUUCUCCAUGGUUAAGUUUUAUUUUUUUAUUCUGUCCUCACUCAAAUAGGGCCAGUGUUAGGAUCUCAUUUGUGUCAGCAUUUUAGUUACCUAGCUACCUCUCGGUUCAAGCACACACAUGCAGAAAUGAUGUAUACUGCAAUCUUGAAUCCUGCCUAAAAAUGUUAAACCAAGCAAAGAAAAACGUUCACUCUGUCCAGUCUUGGACUAAUAAGCUAUCUGGUAAAAGGUGUACUAUAUUUUUUUAAUAUCGACUGUCAAAAGCAUUUGCCCACUCUUGAAUGUAGGAAGCUACUGGUAUCUCUUUGCCAACAUAACCAGCAAGCAUUAAAGCACUUUGUAUGAAAAUCAGCUGUUCACCACUAUAAUGCUAAACAAUUUAACAGUGCCUAGAUUUAAAAAAUAAUAAUUGUGGGGAAUGGCGUUCCAAAGAUAUCGUAUUCAAGCUGCUGUAAAGUACGAAAGAAAGACAAGCAGUAGCUAGGUUUCCAUCCAAUUGGCGAAUAUUCUAAAAUCUGCAUAAAAACUGCAUUUUCCCCUCCAGAGGGGUGUUUCCAUCAAACUAACUGGUUAUGGAUAAAAAGCUGUGCGUGAUGAUGUAGUUCACAUAAAAAACACUUUUGCGGUUAAGUUCCCAUGUAACGAAUUAAAAAAUCUACAUUUUAAAAUGGGUUUCCAUUGCAUUUUAAACUCUACCGAUGGUUUUGUCACAAAAACUGUUGCAAUAAUAUAGCAAACUUGCCCAAUCUGGUUUUGGCGCAUGAUCUAUAGACAGUUCGGACAGGGUAGGUUAUAUGAUGAGAUAUGGAUAAAAGCCAGAUUACUUUUAAAUUGAUAAUUAGCAGCCAAGCACUGAUCAUCAUGUCACCAGCAUCAUUCAAAUUAUAGCCUUUAGUGGAAAUUUGCAUGAAGUUCAUCACCAUACACUUGGAUUUUAGAUUUUGAUUUUAGUCAUUCAGCAGACACUCUUAUCCAGAGUGACUUACAGGAGCAAUUCGGGUUAAGUGCCUUGCUCAAGGGCACGUCAACAGAUUUUUCGGCUCUGGGAUUUUUUUUGGUUACUGGCCCAACGCUCUUAACCGCUAGGCUACCUGCCGCCCACUUAACCACCAUAAAUUAUGACGUUUAUGAAAUAAGUUAUAAAGUUCGUCAUAACUUAUCUGUCGAUAAACUCUGCAUGCUUUUUCACGUCGUGUUAGUAGUACAACGAAACAUAUCAUCGCAUGACUUCAAGUGUACUGCGAUAUGGUUUUUAUAUGUCAAUAUUUGCGCAUAAAAACGUUUCCACCGCAAUUGUCGCAAUCUUUUUCACCGACAAAAAAAAGAUCACCUUGUCUUGCGUAUUUUGUUUUGGCAACAUUGGCAAAUGUACCGUUUCCAUAAGGCCUGUCGUGAGUUUUUUUUGUUUUUAUGCAUCAGGUAAUUCAUCUGCAUGAAAUGGUUGGAUAGAAACCUGGUUAUUUUAAGAGAUUGAAAAAAAAUGAAACGUUAAUGAUUGAGCAAUUAUCCACUGUAAAAGACCACUGCUAUUGCUUUUGAAUAUUUUGUUGACCUAAAAUUUAAAAUGUUUAGAAUUUCAGAUGAUAUUUGAUAGUUGUUGCAUGUGCCACUUUUUAUUCUAACCUUACACAAAAUACUAUUGUCCUUGAUAUAGGCUACAAUGUUGACAACAACAUGUGACAACCACAAGAAUAUUCCUUUCCAAAGAUUGUUACUUUAGUUAAUUAAUUGUUCGGGAUUCUUAGGGGUUUAGCAUAAACGUGUCUUUAUUGAACUGUGAAUAUAUCAAUCUUGUACAAGUAUAAUGCUGUUGAAACAGAGGGUUAAGGAGCCAAAGUAUUUGUAUUUUGUAAAUGUCAGUUUCAUAUCAAUAAACAUGUACAACUAUUCAAUA